CCUCUUGAGUAAUGCCCAACUCGUGCUUGUUGUUUUCAUAGAGCGUUUCUAGUUCUUCGCAUUUUUGUUCCAAUUCCUUUUUUUCCUCUAAUAAUACGAGACCGUAUUGUGCAGAUUGCACUUUUUCGCUACUGGCCUGGUCAAGUUCCCUAUUCAGACGUUCUAUUUCACUUUUAAGCACCUCCAACUCACUUGAAUUUCCUUGUUGUGAUGCCAUGUCGUCAAAAUUAAUAAAUAAUACAAUAAAUAAACAUAGAAAACGUUAACAAUACAUUACGACUGGAUUUUAUCAAAACAUGUCAGCUGCCAAAACAACCUAGAAACGUCAUUGCAAAUUGACACGUAUGGGUUUUUAAUUUUUUUUAUGUUGGUGGUGGUGGGCGCGGGAAGCGGCCACUUGAUUUGAAUUUGCGCGUAUUGCUAGGUAACCGGGUAAAUAUUUGUUUGUGUCAAUUUGCCUGACUUUUAAUUUUCGAUGAUUUAGGUUUUAAGUUUUAUUUGGUUUUAAUUUGUGUAUAGUGCGGUUUUAAACAAGGAUUUUACUUUUUUCGGUUUUAUUGACUUGGUGAUACAGCUGGAGGACAAUGACCACCGAUUAUAGGCGGGAGUGGUUGAAAAAGCGUAUCACCACGUUCUUCGGACUCAACUCCGAUGUUUAUUUUGAGGACAUGAUGGCAAGCAGCGAGGACUUUGAGGACCUGCUUGCCUCAUUUUUGGACGAUGACUUCUGGCAGGCGAGGGAAAGCGAAAACAGGCUGAUUUACGUCAGCAAGACAUCGUUCGAAUACCUCAUCGACGAGGAGAUCAUGGUCCCAGAACUUGUCGUAAAAUCGAAUGAAGAAGAAAUGGAAGAAGAAGAAUCACACAAACUAGAAAAACCAGGCAAACGCAAAGGCAAAGGCAAAGCCAAAAAAGAAAAGAUAGCAAAAGGCAAAAAACCUAAAUCCAAGAUCGCCCAACCCCAUCCCGAAGGUGCAACAAUUGAGCCACAUGGUGAUGAUGAAGAAGAGGAAGGAGCAGCUGAAGAAGCAACAGAGGAUAUCGAACAAGGCGAAACUGUUCAGCCUGAAGAAACUGAAGAUUUGGAUGCUUCGGAAAAUUUAGAGAUUACUGAAGCAUCAACUUUACACACUGCUGACAUCACCGAUGUGGAAGCCACUGAUGAAGAAGAUGAGGCAGAGGAAGAAGGCGAACAAAAACCUGAAGGUAAAGGAAAAAAAGGAAAAAAGGGAAAAGAAAAAGGUAAAGGCAAGGAAAAAGGCAAGGGAAAAGGCAAGGGGAAAGGCGGAAAAGGUGGAAAAGGAAAAAAGAAAACUGCCGAGAUUCCAGUAGAGGAAGAACCUGAACCAGAAUAUGUCAUGGUCCCGAAAAUAAUCCAAAAAUAUGUGGUUGACUAUGUUUUACACGCCAACUUUGGUUGGCUUUCGGAUAAGGAUAUCCCAACAGAAAGCCGAUACUUAUACGUAUUUCGUAAAACAGAAGAGUCUAUUCCAAUUUUGGAAACUGAAGAAGACGCUGAUAAGGAAAUGCCGCAGUAUUUUAUUUUUGGCAUUAUCAGCGGAACCCUCCCCAAAUCCCUGGUCAUGACAAGCUCGGACGUUUAUGUUCCUUUCAUCAAUGAAAUGUCACAGGGAGAGUCGAUUCUUUUGGUUGAUAAAGACCCACACAGGAAAUCGACAAAAAACCGACGAUCAAGUGUCGGCGAUCAGAGAAUGAGCAUUAACUACAACACUGACGAUGAGGUUUCGAUAAAACGAAGGGAGAGCGUUUCCGAUAAGAUCGUUCAGUGGUCUUCGAAUUCGAAGGAGGAGAUCGUCAACGAAAUUAGAGGACUGAUUGGCACGAUGAACUGGGUAACCGAUCACAUUGCCGAUAAGAAAACUAUUGAGGUGAGCGAUAUACCGGAAGUCCUUCGAUUUGGUUUCACUGACGAAGAAAUCAUUCGCAACUCCAAGGCCAUAUCCACAUUGGAAGAGUACCUUCUGGGUUGGGGAAAGAACAUACAGAAAAUUAUCGACGUUAACUUGGCUAAAGUGCCAGUUGGUAACGGACCUUUGCCGGAGUUCGAGUACUGGCACGAUAGAGAGGUGUCCUUGAGUACUAUAUCGGAACAAAUGAAGAAACCGUUCCUUAUAAGAAUUUAUCACAUUUUGGAAAAAGCUCGUUCUCAGGUCCCGGACGUAUUUAAUCAGUACAAAUUGGACUUAAGGCGUUUAUACUUGGCCGCGAUGGACAAUGUCAAGUUUUUAUCGACUAUACGAAGACAUUUUAAGACUGUUACAUUCUCAACCGACUUCCACAAAAUCCAAGAAUGCAUCCCUCAACUUAUAGAGGGCAUAAAAAUGAUGUGGGUCCUCUCACGUUACUACUGCAGCGAUGAAACCAUAGUUCCCCUAAUGGAAAGAACUGCUUGGUGUCUUUCGGAUUGCGUCAAGAAAGUCCUGAACGUUGACAAAUUAUUCAGGCGACCUGUUGCUGAUAUAUUAAGAAUGACUACUGAAGCAAAAAAUAUGUUGAAUUGCUGGAGAAAUUCAUACAUGGAGACAAGACAAGAGAUUGAGGACUCCGGUAAAGGUCAUAGAUGGGAGUUUGAUAAAAAGCGCUUGUUUAUGUCUACCGAUUAUAUCGCCAUUGUUUGUCAAAACUUGCAUGAUGCAGCCAAAAUCAUUAAUCAGUUCAAUAAUAUCUUCGGUCCGGACUUGAGGAAAAUCAUAAGCGAUCCUCAGCAGAUCGAUAACGUGUCCAAAAGAGUGGAAAAAAUCGUCGGUUCCAUUGAAAAUGUCGACUUCGACAUGUAUAAUCCUAACCUGAGGGAAAACUGGGAAGCGGUUAUGGAGCAUUUUUACAAGGAGGUUAACAAGCUCGACAAUGAAGGCGUCAGAUUUGUUGAUCAGAGUUUUACAAUGAUAACGUCGUCCGAAAAUGCUUUGCAGCUUUUGCUCAAGUUUAAACAUGUUGAUACUAGGCCUCUGAUUUGGGAAAGCUUAAUGCAGAAGUUUGAUGUUAUUCUAGAUCAGUUUAUGAAGGAGAUUGUUAGUGUUGAUGAUCAUUUUCAAAAAAACCGUCGUCAUCCUAUCCUCCCACUAGACGUCCCCAUUCACUCGGGCGCAGUCUACUGGUCCAGAGUUCUAUUCCACCGCUUGAAAAGCGCCGUCCUAAAAUUCCAAAAGGUCCCGGAACUGAUGGCUAGCGACCUGCGCGACUCCACUUUCUCGGCCUACCUAAAACUGGCCAAGGAACUGAAAUCGUACGAGCGCCAGAAGUUGCAAGAGUGGAUCGACGCUGCCACUCCCUACAUGAGCAGCGCUAUGGCGUUGAGCCUUUUGAAGCUGGUCUACAUUAACCCGGCGAAGAAGUCGGAGGAGAAGCCAAAGCAACACAAGGGACUAAGCGUUAUCAGCACCAAUGUGAGCACCAUGUCGAGAGUGUCGUCUGCAAAGUCUAACAAGUCGAUGGGAAAAGCUACAAAAAUGUCGACAAUCGGCAAGAGCUUUUCAAAAAACGCCAGCUUGAUCAUCGACAAGGUUCAAAACCAGCAUGGUUUAACUUGGCACGCUGUCGUCGGCGAACACAUUCUUUUGGAGUACGGCUUGGAGUUUGACAUGAAUAUUAAGACAGAUAUGGAUGUUUACUUGCGCGGGGCAGAUUUUCUCGAGCAAAUGAAUAUCGAAUUGCCCGAAGAAAUUCGCAUUAUUUUGGUCAGAAGAGAGACUAUUAAGGCAAACUACAAAGCCAUUAAGUAUAUGAUCCUAAAUUACACGAACAUCGUGAAGAAGAUAACACCGCCACAAAUUCAAAUUUUGAAAAACGAAGUUCGGGAAGUGGAACUUCAUAUUCAACCUGGCUUAACUCGAAUAAGCUGGUCCUCGAUGGGCAUAGACGAUUACGUUACCACUUGCAUCAAACUAAUAAACCGUUUGGACACUUUAUACUCUCAACUGAUGCACAUGGAAACUAGACUCCAACUUCGCGUGAAUACCAUUGCGAACGCGAAUUUCUUCUCUUUUAAAACCGUGAGAGAAAUUCCAGAACGCUUGUCCUGCAAAGAUUUCUUUGCCGAGAUGUACGAAAGAAGGACAGAGAAGGUCAAUCAGAUUCUUUUGAAUUACGAGGGUAUUGGCCCUUUGUUGUUGAAAAUGGAGUAUUUAAUAUUGACUACCAAUUCGGGGACAUCGGCCAAGAUGGUUACGCAGUAUCAACACUGGGAGAAGGAGAUUUAUAAAGCGUUUAUCAACGUGGCUCUUAAGAAUCUGGAGGUGUUUAACAACAAAAUGGAGGAUAACGUUUUAAUGUUCCAAGUGGACGCUGUGGUUAUAAUUCCGGAGAUAUUCCUGCGGCCUACAUCAAUGGAAAUCUAUAAUCUCAUAAUAAAGAAUAUUAAAGAUUUCUUGGAACGCUUUAAAAUAUUCCCAAGAUGGAUGGACAAAACCUGCAUCCUCUGUAAGCCGAUUAAACUUCAAAAGCACGAAGAAUUUUUGCACUCUUUCUACGAAGACCUGGUUAAAGUAAACGAUUUGUUUGAGGUGCAAAGUAAAGUGCAAGAAACCGCGCACAGAUCCAUCGUGCAGGUGCACAAGCAAUUAAAAAAAUGGAGGCGUUUUAGAACUUUGUGGUCGUUCGAUAAAAAGUCGACUUGCGAGAAGUUUAUCGAACAAAAUUCCCAACUUUCGCAGUACGACGAAAGGUUUAUGUUUUACAAUAACAUAAUCUCCGAUAUGAACAAAUACAAGAGCACUGUGGAUAUUGGUUGUAUAAGGUUAAAUUUGCGUCCAUUAUUGGAUACCAUAUCGGAACACGCUCUCGAGUGGAAAACCACUUUAGGGGUGAUGUUGGAUAAAGCGACCAAAGUGAAAAUGGACGAGAUGAAGGUCACCAUAGAGGAACUACGUGGUGUGGUUAAACUCAACAUUAAAGGCUUGGACAGAUUUCGCGCUAUAAUGCAGGCUAUAUCAACCAUCCAAAAAUCCAAUGUUGAUGCGGAAUUGGCCUUCUUGAAAUACCAAGAAACCUAUGCGAACUUGAGACAACACGACAUCGAUUUUGACCCAGAACACGAAGAACUCGCGAAACAGUUAGAAAAGAUGUGGAGAUCUCUACAUCUUAGUGCUAUUUACAGGGAACAAACUUUAGAAGCCACCAAAGAAAGAUUCGCAAUGUUGACUCUAAGCGAAAUCAACGAUUUUCUUGGCGUUUUGGCGGCUUUCGUGGAGAAAUUCUACAGGGAAGGUCCAGGGUCUGUUGGCGAAGAUUUGGACACGGGCACCAUAUUAAUGGAUGAAUACGAACCUAUAAUAAAUCAAAUGGAGGAACGAAGAAUUGAAUUAGUGAAUGCUGAAUCACUAUUUGAUAUCCCACUGGCUGAUUACAGCGAAUUUUUAAAGUUGAAGGAAGACUUUGCUGGCAUGGAGCUCGUGUACAAGUUGUAUAAGGCGCAGAAUUAUGCGAGGGAAAUGUGGGGAAAGACUCUCUGGGUAAAUUUAGAUCCGCAAGCUCUUGUAGACGGUAUCGAAACGUACUCCAAGGAAUUCAGAAAGUUCCCUAAACCAAUUAAACUGAUUCCGGUCGGACAAACGUUGGAGCUAAAAAUGAAGCAAUUUAAAAACGCGAUACCGCUUAUGGUGGCCCUAAAAAAUGACGCCUUGAGAGAACGUCAUUGGAGGGAGUUGAUGAAAAGAACUGGAGUCGAAUUUGACAUGUCUGCGGAUAGGUUUACUUUGGACAACAUGUUUGCGAUGGAGCUUCAUCGUUUCCAAGAUAUAGCGGAGGAAAUUAUAAACAAUGCCAUAAAAGAGUUGGCGAUAGAGAAAGGCAUUAAGGACAUUAUUGAAGUGUGGACUACGAUGAACUUUAUCGUGAUAAAACACACGAAGGGAAUUGAAGAUCGCGGUUUUGUCAUUGGUCCCACAGAUGAUAUCAUGUUGGUGUUGGACGAUAAUUCGAUGACGCUGCAAAGUAUGGCCGGUUCUCAAUUUGUCGGGCCGUUUUUGGGUUUGGUGCAAACCUGGGAGAAGAACUUGGCCACCAUCGGCGAAGUAAUCGAUGAAUGGUUAUCUGUACAGAGAAAAUGGUUGUAUUUAGAGGGUAUUUUUGUCGGUGGAGACAUUAGAUCGCAGUUACCAGACGAAGCAAGAAAAUUCGAUGAUAUGGACAAGAUUUUCAAAAAGAUUAUGAUCGAUACCUCGAAAAGACUAAACGUUUACGAGUGCUGCCUUAUUGGUGGUAGAUUGGAAGAGUUUUUGGCGCUCGGAAACGGACUUGACAACUGCCAAAAAUCGUUAAACGAUUACCUCGACUCCAAACGCAGACGUUUUCCCCGAUUCUACUUUAUUUCAACCGAAGAAUUGCUCUCCAUAUUGGGCAGUUCCGAUCCUACGUGCGUUCAAGAACAUAUGAUUAAAAUGUUUGACAACAUAAAAGCUUUGCAGUUUGAAAGGGACAACCAAGACCGCAUGAUUGCAACUGCGAUGAUUUCCGGGGAACGAGAAAUCAUGGACUUUGGUGAUCCGGUUUAUAUUGUCGGUAAAAUUGAGGAAUGGAUGAACGAUGUUCUCAAUGAAAUGAGAAAGUCUAAUAGGUUUUUAACAAAAAAGGCGAUUUUUUACUAUGGCAAAAUACGCAGACCUCGCUCUGAGUGGAUGUUCGAAUACCAAGGCAUGAUUACAUUGGCUGGAAGUUCGGUUUGGUGGACAGCAGAAGUUGAGAAUGUAUUCGUGAAAAUAAAGAAAGGUAAUAAAAGAGCAAUGAAGGAGUAUUUGGAACAACUCAAUAAACAACUUGAUGAGAUCGUAAUAACGGUGCGGGCCGAGUUGACUGCAAACGAUAGGACCAAAUUUAGAACUAUCGCGAUUGUCGAAGUGCAUGCAAGAGACAUUAUUGAAAGUUUUGUUCGGGACAGUGUAACUGAUGUCUUGGAAUUCGAAUGGGAGAGCCAACUGCGUUUCUACUGGAUCAACAAUUUAGACAAUCUUUGGGUAACGCAAUGCACCGGCUCGUUUGAAUACGGCUACGAAUAUAUGGGCCUCAACGGUAGACUGGUCAUCACACCUCUAACUGAUCGAAUAUAUCUGACGAUAACCCAAGCUUUAACAAUGAAGAUGGGCGGUGCGCCAGCUGGCCCAGCAGGCACAGGCAAAACCGAAACCACCAAAGAUUUGGCCAAAGCAAUGGCGUUGUUGUGUAUUGUCACAAAUUGUGGCGAAGGCAUGGACUUUAAAGCUAUCGGUACCACAUUGGCUGGAUUAGCGCAGUGCGGUGCGUGGGGUUGUUUUGAUGAGUUUAAUAGAAUUGACGUGUCUGUAUUGUCUGUGAUUUCGACACAAUUGCAAACUAUUCGAAGUGCUCUGGUAAUGAAGUUAAAGAAAUUUACUUUUGAGGGUGUUGAAAUUAACUUGGAUUCUAAAGUUGGUAUUUUUAUAACCAUGAACCCAGGAUAUGCUGGUAGAACCGAGUUACCAGAAUCAGUAAAGGCACUUUUUAGACCGGUGGUGUGCAUUGUACCCGAUUUGGAAAUGAUCUGCCUAAUUUCUCUUUUCUCUGAUGGUUUUCUUGAAGCCAAAACCUUAGCUAAAAAAAUGACAGUACUAUACAAGUUGGCCAGAGAACAACUUUCAAAACAAUUUCACUACGAUUGGGGUCUAAGAGCCCUAAAUGCUGUUUUACGUAUGGCCGGCGUCCUAAAAAGAGCCUCUCCAGACAUUAAAGAAGCCCUAGUUUUAAUGCGGGCUCUACGUGACAUGAACCAUCCCAAAUUUGUAUACGAAGAUGUUCCUCUAUUCCUUGGAUUAAUUAGGGAUUUGUUCCCCGGCAUGGAUUGUCCUAGAGUGGGCUAUCCCGAUUUUAACGCUGCAGUAGAGAAAGCUCUAGACGAAAAUAAAUACAUUAUACUUGCAUAUCAAGUCGAUAAAGUCGUGCAAAUGUAUGAGACCAUGAUGACCAGGCAUUGUACCAUGUUGGUUGGACCUACGGGUGGUGGUAAAACUGUGGUUACUCAAACUUUGUGUCGAGCACAAACUCUUAUGGGAUUACCUACAAGAACUACAACGUUAAAUCCUAAAGCAUGUUCUGUGAUUGAGUUGUAUGGGAUUUUAGAUCCUGCAACUCGCGAUUGGACAGAUGGUUUACUAUCUAGCAUUUUUAGAGAAAUGAACAAACCCACGGAAAAAGCUGAAAGACGUUACAUAAUCUUUGACGGUGACGUUGAUGCACUUUGGAUUGAAAACAUGAACUCUGUAAUGGAUGAUAAUAAACUGUUAACUCUCGCAAAUGGUGAAAGAAUCAGAUUACAAACUCCAAUAUGUGCUUUAUUAUUCGAAGUCGGAAAUUUAGCCUUUGCCUCGCCUGCCACAGUAUCUAGAGCGGGUAUGGUUUACGUAGAUCCAAAAAAUCUCGGUUUUCAACCCUAUUGGGAUCGUUGGAUCAAAACUAGACGGUAUCCGCCCGAUCGUUCGUAUUUCUCCGAGGCUUACGACAAACUAGUUCCGGAGUUAAUGGCGUACGUUCUCGAAGGCACUUUGGGUACGAAACAAGUUGCGCCUUUAAAAACAGUUGUUCCACAAACAGGAUUAAACAUGAUAACGCAAUUUUGUAACAUGCUUGAUGCUAUUUAUCCGGAACCUUCGGAAGAUACGCGCGAUCCAGAGGAGGAAGCCGACGAACCCCUACUGCUCUCCAUAUUUAUUACUAGUAUUUAUAAUUCCAUCGGAGCUUCCUUACUUGAUCGUUGUCGGCCAGAUUUUGACGAGUAUAUGAAAGCUUCAGUUCCAAUGUUAAAGUAUGAAGACAAACUUGAAGACAAGUGCGAUUUGAGACAUAUUCCCACUGCUUUUCCCACUUACUAUGACUACUUUUUGGACUUGACUGAAAGAUGUUGGGUGGCCUGGGAAUGGUUGGUGCCUGAAUACGUUCACGUUGCCGAUAAAAGGUUCUCAGAAAUUUUGGUACCUACUGUGGACACUGUAAGAGUUACUUACUUGUUAAAACUCAUGAACGCAAUUCGAAGACCGAUAGUUUUGGUUGGUGAAACUGGCACUUCAAAAACUGCUAUAAUACAAGACUUUUUGCGAAACUUGGAUCCGGAUGUGUUUAUUAUUCUUAACAUUAACUUUUCAUCGCGUACAACUUCUAUGGAUGUGCAAGUCAAUCUAGAGUCUUCGGUGGAAAAAAGAACGAAGGAAAUAUUCGGACCACCGAUGGGCAAAAAGUUAAUUUGUUUCAUAGAUGAUAUGAAUAUGCCGCAGGUGGACGAAUACGGCACCCAACAGCCGAUAGCAUUGCUUAAAUUGCUAUUCGAAAAAGGUGGAUUCUACGAUCGAGGUAAAGAUCUCAAUUGGAAGUACUUAAAGGAUAUUUUCUAUUUUGCUGCUAUGGGCGUAGCAGGAGGUGGCAGAAAUGAAGUAGAUCCUAGAUUUAUUUCGAUGUUUACGUGUGUUAAUCUCGUCUUCCCAACUACGGAUACCCUAAGCCGUAUCUACACUUCAAUAUUAUCUGGGCAUUUAUCCAAGUUUGAUCCUGUCGUACAAUUAGCAUCAACAUUAAUACAAUUAACGUUGACUUUAUACAACAUUGUUGUCGUACAAAUGCCCCCAACACCCAGUAAAUUUCACUACAUAUUCAACAUGCGCGAUCUUUCGAGAAUCGUCUCUGGUCUGUGCAUAACAACGCCCAAGUUUUACACUAGCAUACCUCAAAUCGCGAGAGUGUGGCGAAAUGAAUUCACCCGCGUUAUGUGCGAUCGCCUAAUUAACGUUGAAGACCAGGAAUUUUUACGAAACCACAUGAUUACGCAGCUGCAAAAUUCAUUUCCGAGAAAACAACUAAAGCAAGACUUGAUGGCACCGAACAUUGAGGAUGAAGAUUUUGUUUUUGACGAAAAUGCUGCCGCUGUAGUUCAACAAAUGGAAGAGGAGGAAGAGGAUGUCGACAUUCCCGAAUAUGUCAUGCGAGAUCCGUUACUUUUUGGCGAUUUUAGAAACGCUACGAACGAAGCCGAUCCCAGAGAGUACGAGGAUUUGCUCGACUAUCAAGCGGUGUACUUUUUAUUCCAAGAAAUUAUCGAGGAAUACAAUGAGCGUAACGAAAAACUGAACGUUGUUUUGUUUGAUGAUGCUCUCGAGCACUUGACGAGAAUACACAGGACGUUAAGGCUGCAGAAAGGUCACGUGAUGCUUGUUGGUGUGGGUGGCAGCGGGAAGUUAAGCUUGACUAGACUUGCGGCGUUUACUGCGGAAUGCGAUGUUUUUACCAUUGUUUUGUGUAGAGGUUACAACGAAACCAAUUUUAAGGAUGACCUAAAAAAACUGUACAAUUUGCUUGGCGUCGACGGAAAAAAAAUGGUGUUUUUUUUCACUGCGGCUCAAAUUAUUGAAGAAGGGUUUCUGGAGUUUAUAAACAAUGUUCUGAUGAUCGGAUACAUACCGUCGUUAUUCAGCGACGAUGACAAGGAGCAAAUUAUCGGAUCUUGCAGAACCAAAGCUGCGAAUGCCGGUUACGGAGUGGCCAAGGAAUCUGUGUGGCAAUACUUUUUGAAUACAUGCAUAGAUAAUUUACACGUUGUUUUAUCAAUGUCACCUUCCGGCGAAAUUUUAAGCAAGCGGUGCCGAAAUUUCCCUGGUUUGGUAAACUGCACGACGAUAGACUGGAUAUUCCCCUGGCCGCCUCAAGCUCUCAUAGCUGUUGCUUCGGUUUUCCUAAAGGAAAAUCCGAAAAUUCCGGAAGAACUUAGAGACCCUAUAAUAGAGCACGUGGUUCACGUGCACCAGAGUAUUAUAGAAUAUACAGUUGAUUUUGCAUUAAAACUUCGAAGAAAAAAUUAUGUCACUCCGAAACACUACCUAGACUACUUGACAACUUACUUGAGGCUUUUAGAAGAGAAAAAUCUGUUCAUUGAUCAACAAUGCGAAAGACUGGUAAGCGGCAUGACCAAAAUUAAAGAAGCAAGUGCCGAGUUGGCUAUAUUAAACAAACAAUUAGCAAAACAAAAAGUUAUAGUAGCCAAAGCCACGGCAGAAUGCGAACUGAUGUUGGUGGACAUUGACAAAGGCACGACAAUUGCUUUGGAAAAAAAACGCAUAGCUUCGAUAAAAUCUGAGGAAAUUGAAGAACAAGCCCAAAUAAUAUCUGUAGAACAGGGUGAAGCAGAAGAGGCGUUGUCGGCAGCUCUGCCAGCUUUGGAAGUUGCCAGAUUAGCUCUAUCCGACUUGGAUAAAUCCGAUAUAACUGAAAUCCGAUCAUUCGCCACUCCUCCCGAACCAGUGCAAACAAUUUGUGAGUGUAUAGUAAUCUUUAAAGGCAUAAAGGAAGUUUCCUGGAAGUCUGCUAAAGGUAUGAUGGCCGACACAAAUUUCCUAAGAUCAUUGCAAGAAAUGAAUUGCGACGCUAUCACCCAGACGCAAGUAAAAGCUGUCAAAGCCCACAUGGCGAAAUCCAAGAAAUUGGAAGACAUGCAGACUAUAAGUAAAGCUGGUUAUGGUUUGCUUAGAUUUGUUACGGCGGUUUUGGGUUACACCGCGGUGUAUAAAGAGGUUAAACCUAAAAAGGAGAAGGUGGAGGCAUUGCAAAAGGAAUUUGCGGCAGCCAACAGCAGUUUACAAAAGCUCUACAGCGAGAUUGCAAAGUUGGAAGAAGCUCUACGAGAAUUGAAUGAGAAAUAUGAGAUUGCGAUGAAACGUAGACAAGAGUUGCAAGAGGAGGAGGACUUGAUGAUGCGGCGCCUUAUUGCAGCUGAUAAACUGAUUUCCGGUUUGUCAUCAGAACGGGAUCGUUGGACUAUUGAUCUUGCAAAUCUACAUACAGAAAAAACAUUGCUUGUUGGUAAUUGUCUUCUGUCUGGAUCAUUCCUUGCUUACUGUGGCCCGUUUACCUAUGAGUUUAGACGAGACAUGAUCUAUUUGGAUUGGAAUGAUUCCAUAGUAAGCCGUAAAAUACCGAAAUCUGAAAAUUACAGAAUAGAAAUGCAACUGUCGACAGACGUGGAAAUCAGUGGUUGGAAUUCGGAGAAUUUGCCACCCGAUGAGUUGUCUGUGCAAAACGGUAUCCUCACUAUGAAAUCUACAAGGUUCCCGAUGUGUAUAGACCCGCAAAUGCAGGCUAUCAACUGGAUUAAAAAGAAGGAAGAAAAAAUGAAUCUUAAAAUAUUGAGUUUUAACGAUCCUGAAUUCAUUAAGUAUUUGGAUAUGGCUAUAAAAUAUGGAUCACCAAUAUUGUUUCAAGACGUAGACGAUUACGUCGAUCCUGUCGCUGAGAAUGUCAUACAAAAGAACGUUAAGAUACAAAGCGGCAGAGUGUUUGUUAUUUUAGGCGACAAGGAAGUUGAUUGGGAUCCAAACUUUAGACUGUACAUGACUACAAAGUUAUCCAACCCACAGUUUAACCCCGCCGUAUAUGCCACAGCUUCGGUAAUAAAUUACACUGUAACUUUGACCGGUUUAGAAGACCAACUGCUCAGCGUGGUGGUAAGAAACGAAAGACCAGACUUGGAGGAACAACGCGAAAAAUUAAUCGCUGAAACGUUUGAAAACAAAAAUUUGCUUUCGCAAUUGGAAGACAGUUUAUUAAGAGAAUUAUCCACAACUACAGGCAACAUGUUGGACAACGUCGAGCUGGUUGAAACUUUAGAAAAUACAAAAACCAAAGCUACAGAGGUUUUCCAGAAACUCCUGUUGGCCAGCGCUACAUCAGUCGACAUCGACAAGCUUCGAGAUGGUUAUAGAUCGGUGGCCAAACGUGGAGCGAUUUUAUUCUUUGUUCUGUCCGAUAUGGCUGGCGUAAAUGCCAUGUAUCAAUACUCUCUUUCGUCAUAUUUGGAAGUGUUUGCUUUCUCGUUGAGAAAAGCCCUACCGCAUACAUUAUUAAAUAGAAGAUUGUUAAAUAUUAUUAUGACGUUGACUAAAAAUGUCUACGAUUAUGGAUGUACUGGGAUAUUUGAGAAACACAAGUUGCUUUAUUCGUUUCAAAUGACUGUGAAGUUGGAAGAACAUGCUGAGAAAUUGACGCAAACUGAGGUUGACUUCUUUAUCAAGGGUUGUGUAAGCAUGGAAAAAUCCAUAAGGGAAUGCCCGGCAGAUUUCAUAACCACUCAAGGUUGGGCCGACAUUCUAAAGCUAGCCAACGAUUUCCCGGAACCAUUUAGACAACUACCAAACGAAGUGGAUCAGGACGUUAACGUUUGGCGAGAUUGGUACGAUUUGGAUAGCCCUGAAGCCGCCGAAUAUCCAUUUGGAUACAGAAACAAGCUGAAUCCCUUCCAAGUGUUGCUGUUCUUGCGCUGCUUCAGAAUAGAUAGGGUUUACAGAGCAAUAGGUGAUUACAUCACUGUGAUUAUGGGUGAAGAGUAUAUCAUGCCUCCAGUGAUUAGUUUGGAUAAUAUUUACGAGCAAAGUAGUCCUACUACGCCUGUGGUUUUCAUAUUGAGUCCCGGUUCUGACCCUACUGCUGAGUUGAUGAAACUUGCUGAAAGGAGUGGUUUUGGAGAAGGAAAAUUCAGGUACUUAUCCUUGGGCCAGGGACAAGAACAAAUCGCAUUUGGUCUUUUGGAUGUCGCGAUAUCACGAGGGCAAUGGUUGAUGUAUCAAAACUGCCAUUUACUACUAUCGUUCGUUCGAGUGUUGGAAAAACACUUGGAGAAAAUAUCAAAACCUCAUCCAGAUUUUCGUUUGUGGUUAACCACUGAUCCAGUCGAUACUUUUCCUAUAGGUAUCUUGCAAAGAUCCCUCAAAGUAGUGACUGAACCACCAAAUGGCUUAAAGUUGAAUCUGAGAAAUACCUACUUUAAAAUGCAAUUCAAGCUUUUGGAUUCUUGCCAACACCAGUCUUUUAAACCAUUGGUUUACGUGCUGGCAUUUUUCCAUGCUGUGGUUCAAGAAAGGCGUAAAUACGAUAAAAUUGGUUGGAAUAUCGGUUAUGAUUUCAACGAGUCCGAUUUUAACGUCUGCGUUAAUAUUCUGGAUACCUACUUGAGCAAAGCGACAAAAACAAAAGAUAACAGAAUUCCUUGGAAUAGUUUGAAGUAUUUGAUUGGAGAAGUCAUGUAUGGUGGCCGAGUAAUAGACGAUUUCGAUAGGAGAAUAGUGAAAGUUUAUAUGGAUGAAUACAUGGGAGAUUUUCUCUUUGAUACCUUCCAACCCUUCCAUUUUUACCACGAUAAUACUGUUGAUUAUCUUAUACCACCCGAUGGAGAUAGGGACGAUUAUAUUGCCUCCAUCGAGGAACUACCUUUAACAAACAGCCCUGAAGUCUUCGGUCUGCAUCCAAACGCUGAAAUAGGUUAUUACACUCAAGCCACGAAAGAAAUGUGGCGAAUUCUUAUAGAACUUCAACCGCAAACGUCUGUUUCGACUGAGGGUGUGAGCAGGGAAGAUUUUAUAGACUCUGUGGCAAUCGACAUUCUACAAAAAAUACCCGAACAAUACGAAGUGUGGAAGAUCCGUAGAUUCUUCCAAAGAAUCAUGACGCCAACUAUCGUGGUGCUAUUGCAAGAAUUGGAAAGGUUUAACAUGCUUAUAAAAAAGAUGAAAACAACUCUGUUGAACCUGCAAAAGGCUCUGGCGGGUGAAAUUGGAAUGGAUAGUGUUUUAGAUAACGUUGCUUAUUCGUUGUACAAUGGACAGUUGCCUAAUUCAUGGAGAAAAUUAGCACCUGCUACGUGUAAGAGUCUUGGCGGGUGGAUGACGCACUUUGAGAAUCGACAGCAACAAUAUUUUACUUGGGCUUCCACAAACGAACCGACUGUUUUAUGGGUAUCUGGUUUGCAUAUUCCGGAAACUUAUCUUGCUGCUUUGGUCCAAAUAGCUUGCCGUUUACACAAUUGGCCUUUAGAUAGGUCCACUUUGUAUACAAAUGUGACUGAAUAUACCGAUCCAAUGGAUAUUAUAUUAAGACCCCCAGCGGGCAAUUGUCUUCUUCAUGGUCUUUAUUUGGAGGGAGCUAGUUGGGAUCUGGAAAAGAGUUGCCUGAAGAAAUCAACUCCCAAAGUUUUGAUUGAGCCGCUUCCAAUUUUAAGUGUUAUUCCUAUUGAAGCGUACCGGUUGAAACUGCAGGAUACACUGCGUACUCCUGUGUACACCACCUCCCAAAGAAGAAACGCCAUGGGGGUUGGUCUGGUGUUUGAAGCUGAUUUAAAAACCACCGAACACAUCAGCCACUGGGUUCUACAAGGUGUUUGCUUAGUAUUAAAUACAGAUUAAUUAUAAGUGUAGUUUUGUAUUUUUGUAAUAAAAUAAACUCUAUAACAGAAACAAUUUAUUAAAUAAAACACUUUGGUACAAUGUAUCUUAAAACUAAAAAUUUGGCAUCAAUUAUCUCGGCAAAUUAGAAUCGACAUUCCGCACGAAUCAAGUCUAAUUUGCAAAGAUAUUCUAUUAGUUUGUUUUCUUCACGUCUUUGGCCUCGUUUUCUUUGAUUUGUCCCCUGCCGAAGAUUUUGGCCAGGCUGUCCCAGAUACCUCCGAAGAUGAGAGCGCACAUUAAGUUCUCGAACGGGAUGAAGGGGUCAUGGAUACCCAAGAGAAUCGAUGACAGUUUGAAGUAUACGAAGAAAAUUACGAUACCGAAGUAAACGAGUGCGUGUGGAGCUGAGAUCAGUUCUGUUUUCUUGUCUAGAAUGAAGAUUAUGGAAGCCACGAGGGAAGCUUUAGUGUAGCUAAGAAAUAAAAAUAUAUUAAAAUCUUAUAUUAUGCUUGCAAAAUACGACCUCGAUUUUUGGUACUUACAAACUGGGUUGCAUAAAUUCCAUAGCUGUAGGAGUCCAGACUCCUCUGAUGAGUCUUUCCAUAAGUCUAGUAAAUCCAGCUCCAUUUCCCUUAAGGGUACCAAUGAUAAUCAUGAUCAAAUAACCAUUGGGGUACAAUUUAGCAGCAUGAGAAACCCCAUCAUAAACUUUUUUACACCUAUAAAUUUCCUUCAUCGCCGAAAAAAUUAUUUUUACUGGAAGAAAUUUGGCGACCUUGUAUCCCAAAUCCAAGGGGGUGUAAAAUACAACAUACCUACGAAUAAAUAA